AUGGACGGAAUGGAGGCCGCAUAUACCACCUCCAUGACAACCACCAACUCGCUGGGCCAUCAGAAAGCAGCGCUGGCACGACUCCCCUCGGAGAUUCUGAAUCAAAUCCUCUGCUAUCUGCCAUGUCAGUCGCUCGUCUCACUCUCUCGCUGUUGUCGCCGGCUACGAGAGUUGGCCUCGGACGAUUCUCUCUGGGCCAACCUACUCCGUCCGAAUAUCCCUCCACAAGACUUUCGCCCAGACCCGUACCCUUCAUCAUCGUUUCGCGAUUUGUACAUUACGCACCAUCCAUACUGGUUCGUGCCCCGAAAUAAGAUCUGGAUCUCCGAUGAACCGCACAUCGGCCGCGUCAUGAUCUGCCAUUUCGACCCGCGGCGAGGCUGCAUUGAAGGAUACCGCCUGUUGGCCGAGAGGACUCCCUCAAUGGGAGUUCUCUGGCCCUAUGAACCCGGUGUGGUGAUCCACAACUUCAAACCCCGAGUGCAUCUUUGGUUGGACGACCCGAUCCUCAAACUCCCGCACGACAUUGUCCCCUUCAACACUCGCCAAGGCUGGUGGGAAGCCGAGAUCAAGAUGACGGUUGGGCGGCCGGGGCACAAUACGUCCGCCUCGUUCUUCUUGAGCAAGGACAUCCCUCCACAUCUACAGGACAAAUCCAUGGCUCUCUGGCCACCGAGGACAAUCCCCAAUAUGCCUCGUGUGCGUGCCGCCAGCGCCGAUAAAUUCCGGGGCUCCGGGCAUAAACCGCAAAAAUACGAUCAGAUUUCACAAACGACGUUCCGGUUGAGGCAUUGGAGUCAGUUUUCGACGGGUAUGGCACACUUUGGGAUUCGGAUAGGUGAAGAAGUCUCGACGUGGAGUACGAUCGACCCGGCGCUGUACACGCCGACAAAGGAAAAGCCAUAUCAAGGUAUCUUCGUAGGCGACUAUGCAGGCCAUGGAUGCGAAUUCCUGCUGGUCAUGCAAUCGGAGAAAGGCCCCGAGCUGCCCCAGCGUCGGCCUACGGACGCCUAUUUGAGAGAGCUUAUUGGUUUACCUGCCGAGGGUGAGGGUGCGGGUCUGGACGAGGCAGAAAUGGAAGGACAGCUGCUCGCUGAACAGACAGACGAACAACUAUCUCAAUCCCAGUCACAAUACCAACGCGACAUGAUGGCAAUGUACGAAGAAGAAGGCAUCUACAAGGGCUCCAUCGAGGCGGUCAAACUGACGGGAGAUCCGCACGUCCCGAGAGGAGAGUACACCUUUGUGGCGGACGACAUUGGCCACGGCGGAUUGAUCAGAAUUGCAGAGGAACACCCGUUUAGGGGUGCGAGAGUGGUGAGGAGCAGGGGCCACGUCGCCUCCCGGGGAUUCCAGAAUGAUGAAUUCAUCCCCUCUCACCUCAUCAUGAUUUCGCCAAACACAUUGGCCCAGUACUGGGUGCCCUAUGGCCAUAUCUCCUUCUACCAGAGAAUUGACAUCGACCGGUUGAUCGACGACACUUUCCGUGGAGGGCAUGGAUAA